UACCGCUGGCUUCCAGGGUGAAUGUGUGCAGGCAGAGCCGGAGACACAGCGUUACCGUCAUGUUGACACUGACACUAAGACAGUUUAUCAGGCCCUUAAGCCAGCGUGGUCCUGCAGCUCUGAGUGCAGGCCUGAGGGAGCAACACUCUGCAGCCGCUCGGCCAGCUGAACAUGACCGGCCCUGGACUGGGCAGGACAGCCUGGCUCAAGAUGACCCUGAGAUGUGGAACUUGUUGCAGAAAGAGAAAGACAGACAGUGUCGUGGACUGGAACUCAUAGCUUCAGAGAAUUUUUGCAGCAGAGCAGCUCUUGAGGCUCAGGGCUCUUGUCUCAAUAACAAGUACUCAGAAGGCUACCCAGGAAAGAGGUAUUACGGUGGUGCAGAGGUGGUGGAUCAGAUUGAGCUGCUGUGUCAGAAGCGGGCUCUGGAGGCAUUUGAUUUGGACUCGGAUCGCUGGGGUGUCAAUGUCCAGCCCUAUUCGGGCUCCCCCGCCAACUUCGCUGCUUACACAGCUGUGCUCAACCCUCAUGACCGCCUCAUGGGCCUGGACCUGCCUGAUGGUGGACAUCUUACCCAUGGCUAUAUGUCUGAUGUGAAGCGAAUCUCCGCCACCUCCAUCUACUUUGAGUCCAUGCCCUACAAACUCAACCCUCAAACAGGCCUAAUAGACUAUGACCAGAUGGAGAAGACUGCAAAGCUGUUUCGGCCUAAGCUGAUCAUCGCUGGCACCAGCGCCUACGCCCGACUCAUCGACUACGCCCGCAUCAAGAAGCUGUGUACAGAGUUAAAUGCGUAUAUGCUGGCAGACAUGGCCCACAUUAGUGGCCUUGUGGCUGCUAAAGCUAUUCCCUCUCCAUUUGAGCACGCUGACCUUGUCACCACAACCACACACAAAUCCCUCAGAGGAGCCAGAGCUGGGCUGAUAUUCUUUCGUAAAGGCGUGCGCUCAGUGGAUAAGAAAGGUGCUGAAGUUAAGUAUGACCUCGAAGACAAGGUCAACUUCUCAGUCUUCCCCUCUCUCCAGGGCGGACCCCACAAUCAUGCCAUUGCUGGGGUCGCUGUAGCUCUCAGACAGGCCAACACCCCGAUGUUCAAAGAGUAUAUUGCACAGGUGAUGAAGAAUGCUAAAGCCAUGGCCAAUGCAUUGCUGAAGAAAGGAUACACUCUUGUGUCAGGUGGGACUGAUAAUCACCUGGUUCUGGUAGAUUUAAGGCCACAGGGAAUGGAUGGGGCUCGAGCAGAGAGGGUCUUGGAGCUUGCCUCAAUCACUGCCAACAAAAAUACCUGCCCAGGGGACAAGAGCGCCCUUACACCAGGAGGCCUCCGACUGGGUGCCCCUGCACUAACGUCUCGCCAGUUUAAGGAAGCAGACUUUGAGCAGGUUGUGGAAUUCUUGGACGAAGGCUUCAAAAUUGCUCUGGAUGUCAAGAAAAAGACCAAAAAGCUGGCGGAGUUUAAGAGCUUCCUGCUGGAGGACCCGGAGACAGUGGCACGCAUCGCAGACCUGCGCUACCGUGUAGAGGCUUUCGCUCGACCCUUCCCUAUGCCAGGCUUCCCUGACCACUAACCCAGCUCAGAGACAGGCAGAGAGAGAGAGACAGGAGUGAAUCCACACACCUAUCUAGGAGCCUUGUGGCUUUCGUCAGGAAAAUGAACAAAGUAAACAAGGUGGUCAGUAUUCAGACAGUAUUCAGACAGUUUUCAGACAGUCUUUUUAGUUUCUGUUUUUAGCCUUUGUUCAAACGUGUUGUUAAACAUUGACAGUGAAAUUUUGCAAAAUACUGUGGAGGUGAUAAGUGGUCACUGGGCAGAAUUUUGCUGAAUCAAUGAAAAAUGUUUUUUGUUCCUUUUUUGUCUUUUCUCAAAUGCAUUAUAGAUUGGUAGUCUUUAAAAGACCAAUAGUGCAAAUACACUGUUUUGCAUGCUGAAAGUUUUCUUAAUGCUUCAGAGGGCUCCUCUUGGAAUCUGCUCUAGUGCCAGCAGGCUCACUUUCAGAGUGGCUCUAACAGAAAGAGGUGAAGUGUAUGACGGGUUAGAUCAGGAAUUCCAAAUAUUGUGGUUUGGCAUGGUUAGUCACAGGGCAAGUUAAAAGCUGAAACUAAAUGUUGGACUUGCCAAACAAAAGCUGUUCAGUGGCAAAAUCCAGCUUGUGAAAUACAGUUUGGGCAACUCUGUCUAUGGUAGUAUUAAUCCUAGCUGAGACUGCAGCUAGACUAACAGCUAACCAUGUCUAAGACCAGGCACUCGAGCAAAAAAUCCUGACAGAUCGUUGCACUGCCCUGGCAUUCAAUGUUUACAGAUCAUUUUUCAUCUCUCAUGUCUUAAUGUGUAAUUGCGGAACAAAUAUCUAUCAUGAAUCUCUUUAUGCCUCAGCAUAGAUUAUUUUCUUUUUCACCCUAACUACUGCUGCUUUCAGUUUAGAGGGAAAAACAUUAAUUCCUAUUUAUAUAGAAAGACUAAACGCACACGUGUGUCUAACGUUUAUAGUGUAAUUAUAAGCACAGAGCUUAUGAUGGAGGUCAUUGAUGUAUUACAGAGUAACUGGAGUUAUAGAUUACGUGGGGAAAUGGCAGAGGGAGGUUGCAAGUAGUGCCAAGUUCUUUAACUGUGAAGAUGCACACAGCAUAAGCAGAUAUUUGAUUUAAUUAGUCUACUAAUCACCCUCACCUCAUACUAACUGCUGUGGUUUUAGUGUGAUGUAAUGAUAAUGGUGACCAAACAUAUGGGGUACUGUUAAACUUACAGUGAGGCUAAGAGAUGUUUUGGUGUACAUGUCUUGUCCUUUCCCUGUACAAGUAGUCCACCAGCAAUGCCUACAGUAGCCUCUGGUUUUCCCCUUUACUCUCAGAGGUCUUAACAUCCAGACCUUGAGUCCAGUUUCUGCUCCUGAAUUUUGUAACGUAACUGAUUGGUCACCUUGUGAUAUACCUACAGGCGAUCACAAAAUCCAGAAACUGGGUACAAGGUCUGGGUUUGAAGACUUGUGCUCUAGUCUAUCAUUCUCCAGAAUGCUGCCUAAGAGAACUUUUUAUCUGUAACCUUUUUUAAGACCUUUACAAAGUGAUUUUAUAAGAAAGUCUAAUCCCAAUAAAAUGUGCAGUAGCUAAA